UGGCUUUUGGUUGGCAACGUAGCUCCGACUCCCUCACCCUGGGAAGAAUGUGCGUUGUGCAAUGUGCACUGACAGACACACAGACGCACACAGAGAAGAGAAGAGAAGUCUUUGGGAUCGCAUUCAUUGUGUUGAUUGAACAUUAUCGGAUUAGACUGGAUUGAGUAGUGACGAUGGCAACUAUUGGUGUCCAAUUUCCCACCCUCGGCUGCUUUCCACGGCUAGGUGCCGGAGCUGCUACCAAGGUGUGCACAGGACCUGUUAAUCAUCCACAGUCAAGACUUCCGACGGGCGUGGGCCACCGACCAUGGGUGCGUCGAAGAGUUUCGAGCAGCCCUUUGAAAGGCAGAACGAGUGGAAUUGCUUUCGCCAUGGAGGUUCCUGAUUUUCUUCCGGCCACAUGGAGUAAAGGCCCCAAGCCCAGAAUACCCGGACCCAGCUCUGAGUUGACAGCUGAAGAGGCGACACUUCGACAGUUGGAAGCGCUCAGCCAAAAUGACGAGCCCUAUCCAGAUCACGGAGUCGAAGUAAUGUAUCGGUUCGCAGGAUUUGAUCCGUUCGAGCGCUCCCAGUACUUCGGGCCUUUCUUUGAUCUAGGUCAGUUUGAGCGCUUCAGACGUAUCUUUCAUCAUGCUACAUAUCGAGUUCUUCUCGGCCACAAAGAACGGCGAAUCCUGAGCAGUCUUUACAUGAGUGAGCAUACCUUUAAACAACGAGUUUGGAUCGGCGGCUCGCGUCCUGGAGAAGAGGAGAUUUAUGAGUUCACUCUAGUUCAGAGAGUUGGAGGCAGCUGGGAUGGAUACUGGCUCACCGACAGCCUUCGUCACGACGGACAAGGCAUUACAGGUGGCAUAGCCUAUUAGCGAAAUAGUUACUGCAUCAGAAGACAGACCCCCGAAGCAGUAGACCGAACGUACAAAACCUUCAUAGCCAGUGUACAGAGAAGCCAUGUGUGAAUUUGUAAUAUAGCCUCUAGCAUGUGAUUACAUUUCAUGGUUCUAGGGAUGCAGGGAAGACUUUACAGCAAAUUGAGCUCGCGUUACGUAAUUCUUUGACGUCUGAGAAGGCCAUGGCAGAUGUUAUGAGUAUUCAGACUUCGACUUGAUCUUCGCUACUAUCUGAAAUUGUUAUAAUAGUUGCGUUGUUCUCUGCAGUCCAGCCUUCAUCUUGUCUUAAACUUGUCCAUGAUUGUCUCACAAGACACAUGUUGAAAGACAUACCGUAGUAAACUUUUAAGGAGGUUAAAAAAUUUACAAGAGUUAUGAAAAUC